AGUACUGUUCAGACCUCUUAUUUCAUUUGACGGAAUCGUGUCGAGUGGAUAUUCAUAAUAAAUUCACUGACGUGAGCUUCUAUGUGUUGUAAUUUACAUACAUACUUAUAUUGUGCUAAAGAAACAAGAAUCAGAUUUUGCAUAUUCCAUGUGAUUUGGCAAUACAAAUAUCGUGAAUAUAUCGUCUUUUAAAGUACGUCCUGUUACGUCCGAAAAAAAUUUAAUAUAAUUUUGUUUUGGGAAAUUAAGGUGCAUAAAAAGAAAUAAAACGAUAAAAGCCUACUACCAACUUGUAAAACAAUUGUUACGCAUGUCAUCGCACGGCCUUGCUUACACAACAAGAAUUGAAAGAAAGUCUUAUAGAGAACUACAAAUCAAUAGAGAUCAAUACUUUGUAACUGCGCCAAAUGAAGAAGAUUUGGUUAUGAGUUUAUCUCCAAAGGACACACUUAUACAUACUGCCAUUUCCCAGCACCAUCAAGUGGAUACUUCUACUAAAUUAAAUACAAACGAAACAUCGACACAAAAUACCGUAUCUACAGCAGCCGCGGCAGCGGUUGCACAUCACCACCACAACCUUUCUAGUAUUCACCACCUCCAAAACCUGCAUAGUCAGCAUCAAAGUACUUUAUUUAAUAGUAAUCACUCAACACCCUUUAGCGUGACCGAUAUCUUAAGUCCAAUUGAAGAAUCGUAUCGCAAACUGGAACUGAACGGAAAUCCACCAUCUCCGUUUCGAUCAAACUCUAGUAGCAGCAGUAUUAAUUCUCCUGGAACAUUAACUACAUCAACUAUGGCGAAUCCGUACGCUAUGGGAACCUUAUAUCACAGCCCAGGUGUACAGACCUAUUGCGGACCUACCGAUAACCUAUCUCUGGCUGGUCACUACACUGACAUGAGAAAUUCUGCAUCGUGGUACGGAUCAACAGCUAACGACCCAAGAUUUGCAAUUUCACGCCUAAUGAGUUCAUCAGCCAGUGGAACAAUGAGUCAUAUGGGAAACAUGAGUGGACUAGCAGCUUGCAGUGUAAGCGAUUCAAAACCGCUACAGUUUCCUUUAGCACAAAGAAGAAAGCGAAGAGUUUUGUUUACGCAAGCCCAGGUGUAUGAACUUGAAAGAAGAUUUAAGCAGCAGAGAUAUCUUUCAGCUCCAGAACGAGAACACCUGGCUAGUCUUAUUCACUUAACCCCGACGCAGGUGAAAAUUUGGUUCCAAAAUCACAGAUACAAAUGUAAAAGACAAGCGAAAGAAAAGGCAAUGGCUGAACAAAAUCAACAUAAUCAGCCUGCAAGCUCACCAAGGCGAGUUGCUGUUCCUGUACUUGUGAAAGACGGUAAACCGUGUUCUGGAAAUAACAGUUCAAGUCAAUCGCAACAGCAUGGAACCAAUUCGACGUCAGCAGGCAAUAAUACCGGUUCAGCAAAUAAUGGAAAUGCUAACAGUGGAAUAGUUUCUGUAACUGCAAAUGUUUCGGGUGGUCUCAAUCUUAUAACAGGAGACGCUCCCAACUCCCACUCACCGGACACAUCUUCAUCUUUACUAGCUAGUUAUGGGACUGUUGGAGGUUCUAACGUUGCUAUGUUACAGCAACCUUGCAAUAAUACUUUGAUGUCUAAUAGCUUGGCAAUGGCAUACAGAAACCAAAAUAACUUUAUUUCUAAUGGACAUCAACAGCAAUGUGGCGGAUAUCUGCCCUUACAAGGCCGGGCAUGGUAAACAUGGAAGAAAAUCGAUUUUUUACCUAAGUGUACUCCUUUCGGUUAUGUAAGUGAGAAAUAUACAAUUUAAAAAAUGUUAUAUCGGAAAUUAGAUUCAUAAAAUGAAAAAUGAGUAUUUAUAGUAUAGACCUAUCGAAACGUCAAUAGUAAAAAAAUUAUAUAAGCAAAUGCUCAAAUAAUAAAUGUAUUUGUAAGUGUAUAUAAAUAGACCAAUGUAUUAAAUAAAUAUUAAUUAUUAUUGG